ACAGGACGCAGCAGCAGCGGCGGCGGCGUUGGCGAUGAGAGACGUGCAGUCGGUCACUCACUCACUCACAAUGAGGGUGAGGGGUGCGAGUGCAGGCAAUAAUCAAAAGCAGGGUAACGAGAGAGAGAGAGAGAGAGAGAGCAGAGUUGGAGUACUAGUGAAGUUUGCAGAGUACAAACAAAGAGAGAGUCUCUUGGAACUAUGACACCACAUCGAGCUGGAUUGAAGGGUGAGUACAGUGCUUGAGCAAGGCUGUCGAGGGAUCGCUGUACCCACUGCACCACUCUGCACGACCAGUGUACCCAUCUGCAGCACACCUGAUGCUUCCUCUGCCCUCUCCCAAACGCUUCUUGCUUGCUUGAGAGGUGGACAGUGUUCGUUGCGGAGCUUUAAGGAGCUGCUGCGGCGCGUGUAGCUCUGCUGCAAGGGCGCUGGUGUGCUGGGUGCCUGGUUCCUGGUGGCGGGACCUCCCAGCUAUCUACGGGUGCAAAUUUGGUGCUUGGUUGUACCCAUCCCGUAUUCGUCUCCGUUCAUGAGCUUGUUCCACGGGGAUACAGGGUGAGGGUGACUGUUUUCGGACGACGUCGUAGCUCCUUUUCAUGUGUGGUGCAGUUUGUGUGUGACAUUGUGGCUUGGACUGCACGAGACGAUUCGUACUGCUGGCUAAGUGCCCACACUUGGGUUUAGCCGACAGGAUCAUUGUCCGAUCAAGCUUCUGGAAGAAUACGGAGUAGCAUUUCACAGUGAGGGAUUUGACAACGGAUCUUUGAUGGCCUUGGGCGGGCGUUGAGAGAAUGCCGCUGAUCAACUGGCGGCACUCACUACUAUCGCAACGGCGACCAUUCCACAUACGAGUGCAACGACACAGCUACCACUUGGAAUCGGAAGGUUGAUUGAUUGGUCGCGGCUAUGGUGGACAGUAUGUCCGGAGAUAGAGGCCAGCGUGCAUGGACAUGGGAGUCGGAUUUGUUCUUAACUUUCUUGUAGCUGCAGAGGCUAUUGUAUGCAACCGUCGAGGAGUCAUCGAGCGGCUUGUGAUGAAAGAGGAAAAUGAAUUCCAGCAACACUACCACAAUGCAAGUGAGUUUGAGCAAAGUGGGGCUAGGGUAUGGAAUCGCCAUAGCUGUGGGUAUACUGGUGCUCGUCUCCACCGUCAUGCUGGCCUCGUACGUGUGUGUGCGAGUCCACCAGACCAGCAGCGGCAGCCUAAGCGGGAGCUCCACUGGCGCAGCUCCGGACCACGCCGGAGGAGAUGACGGCGGUGGAGGUGCGUUCACGGAAUGGUCAACGAGCGGCCUCGACCAAAUCACUGUGGAGUCGUACCCGAAAGUGGUGUACUCUGCCUCUCAAGCGCUCCCCCACCUUCAAGACACCUCUUGCUCCAUCUGUCUGGGAGAUUACAAGGACGGCGACACGCUGCGAAUGCUGCCGGAGUGCCGCCACAUGUUCCAUGCACUUUGUAUCGAUGCGUGGCUGCGUUUGCACGCCUCAUGCCCCAUGUGCCGCACUUCCCCUCUCCCCACUCCUCUGGCCACCCCCAUCUCCACUCCGCUCUCAGAACUCAUCCCCCUCGCUCGUCACCCUCUUCAUAUCCGCCAUUAAAGCCCCGUCUGUCCGGGCAUGGUGCAGAGCUUGCCCUAAUUUCAUUCUCUCUGGAGCUGGAUCGUUGUAAAUUCUUAGCAUUGGUCUCUAGUCUGCUCCAUCGAUUAGACUCUACUCUAAACAUGUCAGUCGGCCAGUAGUGGAGGAAGCAGCCUUGUAAGUUUUAAGCCUCUGGAUUUAUCACUGAUGGUGAGCCACAUCGAGUCUCAACCUCGGCUAAAUGCGAUACAGGGUGACAAAAUUGCACGUUGGGGAGUUAGAGAAGUCGGAGAUGGAAAGUUGAACUUCGUUUACAUGUUAGAGGUCAUGAGCGCUUGUUAAUUGUAAAACAGAUUCUGAUUUAUUUAUGUGAAACAUCAUCCUCAAAAUGCAUCGGCUGUGAACUUGCUGGUCAUUGUAAUAUCAGGAGAAAGAUUAACAAGUUCAAUCCCUCAUCCAAUUCGAUUACUGGA